AUGGCCGUUGACACCACCUCCUUUGACUCUGGGCUCGACCUCAGCAACUACGACGACGAGCAGGCGCGGCUGAUGGAGGAGAUGUGCAUAGUCAUCGACGAGAAUGACAAGGCGAUCAGCGCAGCGAGCAAAAAAACAUGCCACUUAAUGACCAACAUCGAGCAAGGGCUUCUGCACCGUGCGUUCUCCGUCUUCCUGUUCAACUCGAAGAACGAGCUUCUGCUGCAGCAGCGGGCGACGGAGAAGAUCACUUUCCCUGACCACUACACCAACACGUGCUGCUCACACCCGCUGGCGACUGCGCUGGAGCUGGAGGAGGCCGGACAGAUGGGCGUGCGGCGCGCGGCGCAGCGCAAGCUGGAGCAUGAGCUGGGAAUUCCGGCGGACCAAGUGCCGCUGGAUAGCUUCCAGUACUUGACCCGUAUCCACUACGUGGCACCGUCCGAUGGGCUGUGGGGGGAGCAUGAGAUUGACUAUAUUCUGUUUGUCAAGGCUGACGUUGACCUGAACAUUAACGAGAACGAGGUUAGGAGCGUUAAGUAUGUUAGCUUGGACGAGAUGAAGGAAAUUAUUGCAACUGCAGAGGAGACUGGCACAAAGCUGACGCCGUGGUUUAAGCUGAUUGAUGAGAACUUUUUGUACAAAUGGUGGGCUAAGCUUGACAACCUCGAGGACAUGAAGGACCACAAGACCAUCCACAGGCUGCUUUGA